UCAAAAAGUUCUUUUCGAAGGGUUUAAGUCUUAUCUCGAACUGGAUAUGAAAAAGCUUAAUCCUAAAGAUACUCCGAAACUCAUUAUUAGUCCCGAAAACAUUCACAAACUUGGAGUAACUGGCUAUAAUAUAAUUAUACUAGAUGAGUUUAAAACUAUCACUCAGAAUUUUAGUAGACCUACUAUGAAAAAACCAAAACUAAGCCACAACGUAUAUAAAUCCUUGCUUCAAUCUGCAUUAUUGAUAUUGGCUUUAGAUGCUACAUUAGAUUUAGACUCGCUUGUACAUUUACAAAAUAUUUCAAAAAUAGAUGCCGAAAAUUCAACCGUGAUAUGGAACCAGCAUAUACGAGAUAAACGUCAUGCUCUUAUACAUAUUAAUACCAAAAAAUGA